AUGAACUCAGGGAAAGUCCAGCCUACAAGCUUACCUAAGUGUAAUUUAUAAUCAGUGCAAACUUUUGUGCUGCUUCUUAUUUCAUUUGCUGAAGCUAUGUUUAAUUCUAUGCUCUAUCCUUUUAUUCCUUAUAUGGUUGCCGAAUACUUUGACUGAUUGGAACGAAAUGAUAAAGAUACUGAUAGCAUUGUCUCAUUUUAUGCUGGACUUGUAGCUUCUUUGUUUAGUUUAGCACAGUUUAUCAGUGCUCCUGUGUGGUAUCUAUAAUAUAGAGGCUGAGUCUCAGACAAAGUGGGGAGAAGACCAAUAAUUUUAUUAGGAUUGACAGGAAAUGUUAUAACAGCUCCACUAUUUGGGUUAGCUCCAAGCUAUUUAUGAGCUCUUAUUUUUAGAUCUUUAAGUGGACUAAUGAAUGGAAAUAUAGGAGUUGCGAAAGCUUAUGUUACAGAAAUUACUGAUGAAACAAACUCAGCGAAGCUGUUUAGUUUAUUAGGAUUUUCCUGAGGACUUGGAAUAAUGAUAGGGCCCGCAAUAGGGGGGUGAUUAUCAAGAAUUUCUGAUAAAUUUCCUGAUAGCUUCGGCUCUGAUUCUUUUUGAGGAAAAUAUCCUCAUUUCUUACCUAUACUUGUGCUGUCAUUGAUUUCUCUUAUAGGACUAAUUAUUGGAUAUUUCGCUUUAUUAGAGCCAACUAGAAAAAUUAAAAAAUACGGUAGCUCAAGACAAUUGUUAAAGAAUUCAAAUUUUUUGGUUAUCACUUCAAUUUAUGCAAUUUCUGGAUUAUCUUUCCUAAGCUUUCAAGAGGUCUUUCCCUUAUGAUGCAGGGCUCUUAUGAAAAAUGGAGGAUUAGGAUGGGAAAGUGAAGGUGAUAUAGGCAUAAUUCAAUCACUAGGCGGAGGAUUUGUAAUCAUUUUUCAGUUAUUUUUAGUAUGAAAGAUCGUGAAUAAAUUGGGAAUUUUAAUGGUUUUGAGACUUUUUUGGGGCAUUUGUGUAUUAGAUUUUAUAUGUAUUCCAAACAUUACAUUACAUUAGAAUUUAUAUCGCUUAACGUCCACUACGGAGUUACAACUCCAGGUUUAUCACUCGCCUUUCGUCGCAUCGGGCCCACCAGUCUGCUGGAGACAAACUUGCUUCGAUCACCAAGGUGCUUCUAGGGCAAAUGUCCACGUCUUCGACGGCAUAUGUAUUCCAAACACUUAUAAGUUGCAAGAUGAAAUGCUGUGGAUUGUACUUGUGCCUUUAUAUGUGAUUUUUGCAAUAAUUCAAACAUCAGCUUUAACAGUAAUGACUAUUGGAAUUAAUAAUUCUGUAGAGCUAUCUGUAAUUGGAAUUGCAAAUGGAAUAGCCCAAAGCGCAGUUAGUUUUUCAAGAUUUAUUGGUCCUCUUCUAGCUGGCUGUAUUUUUGGUUGAUCUCUUAAUAAUGAGCUGGGCUACCCUUUUAAUUCCCAUUUAAUUUUCAAUUUGAUUUCUCUUCUUGGACUUUUAUGCAUUUUCUUAUACUUUUUAAUGAAAUUAAGAUAAUAAAAUUUAUCUAUAUUUCUUUAUUCCUAUCUCUCCUCCACGUGAGCGAGUAAAGCCAAAUAACUAUUUUUUAGAAAAAAAAUCUGUCAGCGAGCAAAAUUUUUAUAAUAUAUAUCUAAUCCAAUGAAUAAAAGCAUAUCUAAUCGAGCCGUUAUCCUAUUUUCAUAUAUAAAAUGUAACAGUAUAAAUGCUUUUAUUCAUUAUAAUUAGGUAUAAAAUUUUUAUAAAAUUAUUUUAAUGUUUAAGUAUAACUAUUAUAACUAAAUAGUUAUUUCUGCUAAAUUUUUGCUUUCUAAAGCAUAGUUCUCCUUUUUAAGAUUAUUUUACCUUUCCAAAUUUUGUUAAUUAUUUUUUUUUAAAUUUUGAUAAGAAAAUCCUAUGGAAUCUAUUAUAAAUUUUCAAAAAAAAUAACCCCACCUAUGAUCAACAAACUUUUGCACAAAAGGGGAAGGGAUUGUAAAAAUACUAAAAUUACUAACUUACGAUUUAUGAUUUAAUUUGAUAAAUAAAGAAUAUCAAUAUUUUUGGAUGAAUCCAUAAACAAAAGACAAAAAUCACCUGAACAUUUAUUAGAAAAAGCAUCAUAA